GGUUUGGUAUAAAGAUGGGAGUAGUUCAAAAGUUUUUCAUUGCAUCACUGUUCAUGUGGUCAGUCCCUCUUGCAAUAUUAUAUGCUUUCAACCAUAAUCUACUUCCUGGAAUUUCCAAUUUGUCCCCUUACUCUAUGACACUAGUGAGCGGAUUUCUUGCCGUCAUAUCUGUUAACAUAGUCAUUGCAUUUUACAUAUAUUUGGCAAUGAGAGAACCCGCAGAUAAACAUGAGCCUGAUCCUAAAUUUCUUGCUGAGGCCAAAGCUAGUAUAAACCAGUCUACAGGAGAUGCUCAACAAUCUUCCCAGCCUCUCAAGAAACAACAGUAGGUUGCUGUUCUUAGAUUUCUUGGUCGUAAACAUGAGUUGUUCUGUUCAUCUCGGGAAGGGGAGGGGAGAAUGGGGAUGAAGGGAGAAGGUCCUGAAUUGUGUGUUGAUCAUACUUCUGUUAUGAAGUUUGCACACAAUCCAUCUUGUGCACAACUUGUUUUCAUUAUGUUAGUUUUGUAUCAAUUUUAUUUAUAUAUUUUCAAGUUACUUUCAGUUCUGAAUAUUUUCAUUAAAUUGAUGAGGUGGCACUAUUAA